AUGAUAUCUCAGGAGAACUUGUAUAACAUCACAAUCUCACGAGAAAGAGUAAAGCAUCACACAAUCUCACGAGAAAGAGUACAGCAUCACACAAUCUCACGAGAAAGAGUAAAGCAUCCCACAAUCUCACAAGAAAGAGUACAGCAUCUCACAAGAAAGAGUACAGCAUCCCACAAUCUCACAAGAAAGAGUAAAGCAUCCCACAAUCUCACGAGAAAGAGUAAAGCAUCCCACAAUCUCACGAGAAAGAGUAAAGCAUCACACAAUCUCACGAGAAAGAGUAAAGCAUCACACAAUCUCACGAGAAAGAAUAAAACAUCACACAAUCUCACAAGAAAGAGUACAGCAUCACGCAAUCUCACAAGAAAGAGUAAAGCAUCACACAAUCUCACGAGAAAGAGUACAGCAUCCCACAAUCUCACGAGAAAGAGUAUAGGAUCACACAAUCUCACGAGAAAGAGUAAAGCAUCACACAAUCUCACGAGAAAGAGUAAAGCAUCACACAAUCUCACGAGAAAGAGUACAGCAUCACACAAUCUCACGAGAAAGAGUAUAGCAUCCCACAAUCUCACGAGAAAGAGUAAAGCAUCCCACAAUCUCACAAGAAAGAGUAAAGCAUCCAACAAUCUCACAAGAAAGAGUACAGCAUCACACCAUCUCACAAGAAAGAGUAAAGCAUCCCACAAUCUCACGAGAAAGAGUACAGCAUCCCACAAUCUCACGAGAAAGAGUAAAGCAUCCAACAAUCUCACGAGAAAGAGUAAAGCAUCGCACAAUCUCACGAGAAAGAGUAAAGUAUCUCACAAUCUCACGAGAAAGAGUACAGCAUCUCACAAUCUCACGAAAAAGUGUACACAAUCUCACGAGAAAGAAAAGAGUAAAGCAUCCCACAAUCUCACGAGAAAGAGUAAAGCAUCCAACAAUCUCACAAGAAAGAGUAAAGCAUCACACAAUCUCACAAGAAAGAGUAAAGCAUCCCACAAUCUCACGAGAAAGAGUAAAGCAUCACACAAUCUCACGAGAAAGAGUAAAGCAUCACACAAUCUCACGAGAAAGAAUAAAACAUCACACAAUCUCACAAGAAAGAGUACAGCAUCACGCAAUCUCACGAGAAAGAGUACAGCAUCCCACAAUCUCACAAGAAAGAGUAAAGCAUCACACAAUCUCACGAGAAAGAGUAUAGGAUCACACAAUCUCACAAGAAAGAGUAAAGCAUCACACAAUCUCACGAGAAAGAGUAAAGCAUCACAAAAUCUCACGAGAAAGAGUAAAGCAUCACACAAUCUCACGAGAAAGAGUAUAGGAUCACACAAUCUCACGAGAAAGAGUAAAGCAUCACACAAUCUCACGAGAAAGAGUAAAGCAUCACACAAUCUCACGAGAAAGAGUACAGCAUCACACAAUCUCACGAGAAAGAGUAUAGCAUCCCACAAUCUCACGAGAAAGAGUAAAGCAUCCCACAAUCUCACAAGAAAGAGUAAAGCAUCCAACAAUCUCACAAGAAAGAGUACAGCAUCACACAAUCUCACGAGAAAGAGUAUAGCAUCUCACAAUCUCACGAGAAAGAGUACAGCAUCCCACAAUCUCACGAGAAAGAGUACAGCAUCCCACAAUCUCACGAGAAAGAGUAAAGCAUCCCACAAUCUCACGAGAAAGAGUAAAGCAUCGCACAAUCUCACGAGAAAGAGUAAAGCAUCACACAAUCUCACGAAAAAGUGUACACAAUCUCACGAGAAAGAGUAA